ACUUUGUCUUUCAGAUUUUAAAUUAGCUGCCCUAAUCACAGGUCUUUCAUUUGCUUGUUUUAAUGCAACUCCAAGACUAUCAUAUUUCUAAUCUGAUUUUGUUUGCAGACAUGAAUGAUUGUUUGGAAUGUCAACAAAAUCAGUAUCCAAAUCAGAACCAGGACUUAUGUCUCUUCAAAUCUGUAACAUUCUUGAUGUAUGAAGAAAUUUUGGGAAUUGUUUUGACCACUUUCGUUCUCUUCUUUUCUUCAAUCACAGCUGUAGUACUUUGGAUAUUUAUUAAGCAUCAAGACACUCCCAUAGUCAAAGCCAACAACCAAACCCUCACCUAUAUUCUCCUUGUUGCUCUCAUGUUGUCUUUCCUUUGUUCUUUACUAUUCAUUGGCCAACCUUCCAAAGUAAUGUGUGUCCUUCGUCAAACUGCUUUUGCCAUUAUAUUCUCAGUGGCCAUUUCUUCUGUUUUGGCCAAAACCAUCAUUGUGGUUAUAGCUUUCAUAUCUACCAAGCCAGGUUCCAAGAUGACCAAAUGGGUGGGGAAAAGGCUAGGCUUCUUCAUAGUAUCUUGCUGCUCCUUUAUUCAGGGUAUUAUAUGUGGUACAUGGCUUUCAAUCUCUCCCCCAUUCCCAGAUGUUGACACGAGUUCCAUGGCAGAAGAAAUAGUUCUGGAAUGUAAUGAAGGAUCCACCUACAUGUUCUAUUGUGUCUUGGGAUAUAUGGGCUUCCUUGCCUUUGUUAGCUUUACAGUGGCUUUCCUAGCAAGGAAAUUGCCUGAUGCUUUCAAUGAAGCCAAGUUUAUCACCCUCAGUAUGCUGGCCUUCUGUAGUGUCUGGUUGUCCUUUAUUCCAACAUACUUGAGCACCAAGGGAAAAUAUAUGGUUGCUGUGGAGAUCUUCUCAAUUAUAACUUCCAGUGCUGGUUUAUUGAUUUGCAUCUUUUCCCCUAAAUGCUACAUUCUUAUCUUAAGGCCUGAUCUCAACAAGAAAGAGCAGCUAAGAGUAAAAAAAUAAUGCAAUAAUAUCAUACUGGAUGGCCUUUCAUUUAAAAAAAAAGAAAAAAGAAUCUACAAUCCUAUAUACUCGUGUAUUGCGGUAAGCAUUGUUGAGCUUUUUGG